AUGUUUCGAGGAGCCCAUCCCGCAGCAUUCGAAUACCACAACCUCACAGAAUCAGAUGCAAUUCGUCUCUUGAUUAUACAUCCAGGUAUUCCUUCUUCUCCAAUCCAUUGUAGUCUCGUGCAUACGAGUUUGAAGGAGUGUCGAUUGGAUAUCUAUGAUGGCUAUACCGCACUCUCUUAUGUUUGGGGCGAUCCAAGGGCGAGGAAAAUUGUAUUUAUUAAUGGAAGACCAUUUUCUGUAACAGUUAAUUUAGCAGAUGCCCUUAUUCAUCUUCGUGAUGAAAAUCGACCCCUGCGGUUAUGGGCAGAUGCAAUAUGUAUUGAUCAGGAUAAUUUGGGCGAGCGUACUCAGCAAUUGGGGUUGAUGAGAGAGAUUUAUCGGCUGGGGGGUCGGACUGUCAUUUAUCUUGGUGAGUCUUCGGAGGAAAUAGACACGCUGUUCGAUUGUAUUGGGAGAGGGGGAGCAGAUGCUAGGUUGUCGAGAGCGCAUGGUCUUGCAUUUCGUGAUGUGCUCUCGCGUCCUUGGUUUACGAGAGUUUGGACGUAUCAGGAAUUGCUUCUUUCACGAGAAGUUGUGGUGCAGAUUGGGAGGUGCAGAGUUCUGUGGCAGGAUCUUUGUAGUGUGUUUUUGAAUGGGGAUAAUGAGCUUGUUGUUAACUCGGAUGUUGAGGCUGGAUAUUUAUCAUAUCCACAAGAAAGAUCGGAUACACCGAUGGUCGAUGUAGGUGCGCAAGAAUAUGCGGCUCAGAUUGAUUCAUCUUCGCGUAUAUCUUCCAAGACCGUGACUCAAGCGGAUGCGUAUCAUCUGGAAAUAUUGAGGAGCAUGGAUGUAUCGCGACGGAAGUUUCAAAGUGGUGUUACUGGUGGAUCUUCUCUUCUGAGUAUUCUCGCAUCACGACAAGGGUCGGGAGUUUCCGAUUUCAGAGACAUCAUCUACGGAUAUCUUGCUGUUGCUGAAAUUCGUCCUCCGUAUAGUUAUGGAAUAUCUUCAUAUUUGGACCCGAAAGAUUAUCUGCCGGUAGUGGACUACACCAAGAGCGUAGAUGAGGUUUUUGUCGAUGCGGCGUUUUACAUUGCUAUCUCCACCGAGCCAAGACGACUCUGGGAUAUGCUAUUUCAUUCCGAAACUAUGCGUCCCCAUUUGAAACGAAAGGGCUUACCCAGCUGGGUACCAGAUUGGACUCUCGGACGAAAUGACCUGCCGAAUUCUAGCUGGCCGUUUGUGGGAAGCCAGAUCACGGAUAUUCCGGCGCCUGGAGAAUUGAAAAUGAGUUCUAAAGUGGGACCUUGGAUCAUACCCGUUGAUCCCCAGAUUUUAACAGUAUACUGUGACUUUCAAGCUAUUGCCGUCGUGACCAAGACUGCUACACCGGACUUCUCAAGUUCAAAGUUUGCCGAGCAAAAACAGAUUUUGAUUGAUACUUUCUACGAACUUCUCGACAUGUACAAAGACAGGCCAAAACUUGACGUUCGGCAGGUAUGGGAUCUCCAAUUCAAUUCCAAGCUUCGGAACCUUUACAAAAGUCUCUACGUAUCAUGGGAGUCUCUAGGAGUACAGGAUAUUUUCUGGAAGAACCCCGAUCUGCGACACUAUAAACUUUUCAGCAAGGUCAUGCAUCAGGUGUUCAAAUAUUGCUGCAAGCUUUCCGGAAUCGGCGAACUUUCUGAAGCCAAGCUAUGGCAGCUUCUUCACGGCUCUCCUAUUGCUAUUCUGCUUAUUGCGGCGAUAUUUCCAUCUAGCAAGAAUGUCACUAGUGAAAGAGCUUUUGCGCGAUUCUCUAAAUCUCCCUGGCUUGUGAGUAUUGGGAUUGUUCCCCGCUCGACAAAAGUUGGAGAUUUCGUCCUUCAUUUUUAUGAUGGGACGGAGAAUCAUUCUUGUGGAGUCCUGCGACCUGUGGAUGAUUAUAGGAAUGCUCAUCUCGAUGAAAAAAUCAGGACGAAAAUUUCUGUUCAAGGAUUGAAUUCUGAUAUUUCGAUGUUUCACUGUGCUUAUAUUGGAAAAGGGUGGAUGGAUAGAGGAUGGGUGGAGAAAAGCCGGAAUAUGAAGACGUGUGGAAAUAGUGAUAUAGAUACGCAUAUGGAUACACAAACGCACAGCAAUCACGAAACCAACCCAGAAAUUCCAGACAGUAAAUGGAAUCCCAAUUGGGAUCAUAUCUUAGACUCAUCUAACACGCCCUCAGAACCCAACCCAAAUCUCGACCUAGCACGAAAACCAGAUGCAGAUGCGACUCGGGAUUUGAAGUUCCUCUCAGGCUCGGAUCGAAGUCUCACCUCUCCAGAAGCAUAUCACAAUGAACUUCGUAUGCUGUCGAAACUUCGCGAGUUUAUGUUGGAUGAAUAUUAUGAGCCUGUCGAUUCGCUGAUGAAUCUCAUGCGGGGAUUUGAUAGGGCGGUUAAAACGGCGGAUUUUAAUCCAGUCAUGAUGGUUUUGCAUUGA